AUGUCAUCUGUUGGCUACUGCUUCAAUAUAUGUCGAUCUGUUGACCAAAAGAUAGCUAAUGAACGACGAUCUUCAGUAUGUAAUCCUCAAUCAACUGAAAACCCCUCCGAGACUGGUACUUUAAUAUUUGGACGUCGUUUUUCAUUAAGUCAUUCGACACAGCCAAAUACCAAUCAUACUUCUCAAAAUCAAAAUGAUUUAUCAUCAAAUCAAAAUGGUUUAUCAUCAAAUCAAAAUGGUUUAUCAUCAAAUCAAAAUGGUUUAUCAUCAAAUAAAAAUGCACCAUAA